AUGGCACUGACUGCCUUGCCCAUCGUCUCUGAAACUGCCAGCCUUCCUCAGCAAGAUUCUGUGCGUUCUGCACUGGAAUCAGGCGCAACUUCGCCAGACAACCUCCUCACACACACUUUGUCCGAGGAGGCCCAGCGUCCAAAAUCUCAACACCAAAAUCCGGACUUGAGAGAUUCAUCCGCAGGCACUUCACAGCCCAUUGUCUCAAGAGAUGGGGUACCUCCGGAUCAGUCUUCCUCAAAGGCUGCGUCGUCCUUCAUCCUAGAGAAACACCCGAUACCAGAAAUACCCAUGGAGGACAAAAAGUACAACCGCAUAAUGAGAAAUCUCCGCUGGACGGUUUUGUCUGUCUACCGCCGCCUCAGCACCCUCGUCUUGACCGCCAAUGUCCUUGCCAUUGUUGUUCUUGCUGCGCAGCACAGACUCCUCUCUUUGUCACCCGAGUCGGCUGCUACAGCGGUUUCCAUUAACUUGACUGUAGCAGUCCUAGUCAGACAAGAGCUAGUCAUCAAUGCACUUUUCUGGUCGUUUGGCAAAUGUCCGCAAUGGCUUCCCCUGCGCAUUCGUCGGCUGGCUGCAAAAAUAUACCACCUCGGAGGGGUACACAGCGGAGCUGGAAUGUCGGCGGUGAUUUGGUUCGCUUUCUUCAACGUUGCAAUCAUCCGAGUCUUACGAGCGAGAGCAGUUCACACCCAUCAGACGGUCAUUCCUGUCAUUACAGUCAUACUCGAUGUAUUGCUCCUCUCCAUCGUGGUUACGGCCCAUCCCGCCAUUCGCUCAAGGAUGCACAACAUGUUCGAGAUGGUCCAUCGUUUCGGGGGUUGGACAGCCGUGGCCUUGUUCUGGAUCCAGUUUGGGCUGCUCGCUGAUGAGAAAUCCCACGAUCCGAAGUCCAACACUUCUCUGCAAGAAGCAAUCGCGUACAGCCCGGUAUUCUGGACCCUAGUACUCACCACCGUCUCUCUGGCACUUCCUUGGGUGUGGCUCAGGAAGGUCCCGGUCCAUGCGGAAUCUCUGUCAGACCAUGCCGUCCGUCUGCAUUUUACAUACACCAACCUACCUCUCUGUGCCGCCCCUAGACUCUCGAAUAGUCCACUGCUGGAGUGGCAUGCAUUUGCAGGUAUCCCUGAAGAAGAUGGCCAGGGGUUUUCUGUCCUCGUCUCUAAGGCGGGCGAUUGGACCGCUCAACUCAUCAAAUCACCACCCACGAAACUCUGGGUCCGGGGGAUUCCCACCAUGGGUGUGCUUCACGUGGCCCCGAUCUUCAAGCGAAUGGUUCUGGUUGCCACAGGCUCGGGUAUCGGCCCGAUCAUGUCAUUGUUGUGCAAAAGAGACGUUACAUGUCGAAUAUUGUGGUCAACCCCUGACCCUGAGGUCACUUAUUCGACUGGGGUCAUCGAGCAUGUCCGUCGUGCGGACCCUGAGGCCGUCAUAAUCAACACGACUGUCGCGGGAAGACCUCAUCUCGCCCGACUGGCGUAUGAGUUGUACGUCUCUUCCGGCGCCGAGGCUGUGUUCAUCAUCUCCAACCCCAGAGUUACACGACAGGUGGUGUAUGCUCUUGAAACACGCGGAGUACCGACCUUCGCACCAAUUUUCGACUCUUGA